GUCGGAGAUGCUGCGAUGUCGAUGUGCUGCAGGGAGCACGGCCUCACUGCCGGCAGUCACAGUGAGGAUGGCGGCGGCGGUGGUGAGGAUGGCGGCGGCGGUGGUGAAGAUGGCGGCGGCGGUGGUGAAGAUGGCGGCGGCGGUGGUGAGGAUGGCGGCGGUGGUGGUGAGCGUGGUGGUGACGGUGAAGAUGGCGGUGACGGUGAAGAUGGCGGCGACGGUGCGAAUGGCACUGACGCCCACCAGCAGCAGCAGGAGGAGCAGCAGCAGGAGCAGCAGGAGGAGCAGCAGGAGGAGCAGCAGGAGUCUUCAACGGAGGGAAACGGCAACGUAACAGCCUCACAGACAGGUGCUCAGGGACCCCCCGAGGACGGCCCCCGCCCCCCGGGCCCCCGCCCAGCCCCCUACAUCAGCAAGGGACCCCUCUGGCGGCUAGGUGGGCGCUCCUCUGCACGUCCGCUCUCCUCCGUGGUCGGAUUUGAGCUGCCGUGGGGGCGGAGACGUGAACCCGGCGGGCGGCACCAGGCCGAGACGACCCCCGACCCCGCACGGCCACAGCAGGAGACGGGGAUAAGAGGCAUGAUCCCGUCCAUCUUCAGGCACCUCUCACCCAAGCAGAGGCGCAAACACGGGACGAACGGCGAGGGCGUCCAGGAGCGACUCCGCACGGAGGCUCCGGAGGACCCGCAGCAGGACCCGCAGCAGCAUCCGCUCCGGCUUCACGCGGACACAAGCUGACCGCCCCUGGCCUCGGCGUCUACACGCGGGCACCGGGGUUGACGUCGCGCCACCGGGUAGACCGGAGCAGGUGGCUCAUGACGAGUCGAAAAGCAGCGACAGCGAGGGAGGAGGUGAACUGGACGUAAAAGUAUUUUCUGGUCGCCGACCCCGAAAUGGAGCCCUGCACGGUGCCCACGGUGCCCACGCUGGCACCCGUCCGGAACCGCAGCUUGACCCGUGCCACGUCGGUGAUCGGGACUCUAAUCCUGGCCUCGCGAGUUCCCUACUGGCUCCACGAUCAACUCGGUGCACGGAAGCACCGAUUGCCGGGCCGCUGCUGCCCGCAUGUGUCGUGAUUAAAUGCACUUGGGACCGUGGACUGGCCGUGUGCUCUGUGUCGGGAGAGAGAGGGAGAGAGACGACGCGAGGAGGUGGGGUCAGGUAAGGGCCGGGCACCAAGUGACCCGCAGCGUGCACCACGCCGCGCUCACGGCGCCUGCCGGGAGGCCGAGCGGUGAAUGAACCGCGGAGGAGGUGCACAUCCGCGGGGGCGGGGAAAUAGGAGGCGGUUGUUUCAGUUUCAGCUGCGGUUCCAGACUCAGGUCUGUGGUCCGCAAGGUCGUGGGAAAUGUCCCGAGGGUUGACGGCGUCCAUCCCCAGAAAGGUCAGGAACUACCAUGAAAACAUCGUGGAGAUUGUUUUUG